AUGACAGCCAUUCGCCGAUCCUUCUGUCUGCUCCGCCGCGAUGCGGCGUGGUCCGACCCGUGCGCCAUGCACCCCAUGAUGGAAAUCGGCCAGCCAUUCAACGUGAAACACGUGGCGCACGUCACCUUCGACCGCUACCGCGGCUUUCUCGGGCUGCCCGAGGAGUUUCUGAAGCACGUCGAAGGCGUCCCUCCCAGCGCCAGCCUGUCCGUGUUCGGCGUGCGACCCGAGUCGAUGCAGUGCUCUUUGGACCGCCAUGGCAACGCGGUGCCGACUAUCUUGAUCAAGCUGCAGGAGCGCCUAUACGAGCUUCACGGCCUCUCGGCGGAGGGCAUUUUCCGCAUAUCGGGCAAGAUGGAGCACGACGAGCGCGUGCGCGAGCAGAUGAGCGCGGGGACCGUACCCGCGGACAUGGACGUGCACAGCAUCGCCGCGCUUAUCAAGACAUGGUUUCAAGAGCUACCAUACGGCCUGCUAGACUCCGUGUCGCCCUCCCGCCUCGCCAACACCCCCAACACGACUGAAGCCUCCGUGGCGCUCGCCGCGAAACUCCCCGCGACGGAGCGCGGACUGCUGGACUGGGCGCUGAACCUGAUGGCGGACGUGUGCGCGCACGGGGAGGAGAACCGCAUGAGCGCGCGCAACAUGGCGGUGGUGUUUGCGCCGAAUAUGACGCAGGUUAGCGAUCCCGCGACUGCGCUGCAGCACGUGGUUCGCGUGAUGGAUUGGAUACGACUGCUGGUGGAUCAUAGGGUGGCGGAGAGGAGCGCGAAGGAGGGGGAGGGCGCGGAGAAGGGAGUGGGGGGAACGGAGGGUGAAGAAGAUGCGGAGAAGCAACAGGAGGAGGAGAAGGAGAUUGAGAAGGAAGAAGAGAAGAAAAUGGAGAAGGCGGAUGAGGAGAAGGAAGAGGUAUCUGUUUCUGUUGAGGCAACUUGCACGACUGUUAGCUCGAGAAUAGUUGAGUCAAGAGCAGUAGCAGCAGCAGGAGCAGCAGAAGGGGAGGUGCCACAGGAGGUGGUGAUGAGAGUGCAAAUGGAGAGAGCGGGAGGGGUGGCGGCAGCAGGGGCGGCCGAGGCUGGAAAGGAAGCUGUUGUGGCAGUGAACUUGGCUGGGGAGGGUGGUGGCUUGGGCGGAGAGGAGGGCGAGCAAAGAGAAGAGUCUGGUGUGCAUAGCAGCAGCAGGAGCAGGAGCAACAAUGGGGGUGGCUGUGCUGUGGCUGCAGAAUCAGAUGCAGCAGCAGCAGCAGCAGCAGCGGCAGCGGCAGCGGCAGCGGCUGUGGCGUCUUUGAAACGGCCGACAGACAUGUGGGUAGAUGGAGCGCGGAUGGAGGGAGAGGAGGAUGAGCACGUGCACAAGCGCACACGCAGCAACGGCAGUGACGGUGGCGGCAGCAAGUAG